CAGGCCUUGAACACCUAUCCAGCUGGGCUAUGAGCGGCAUUGUAAUCCUGGCUCUUCUGUGUGGAGGCAUCGUUAUCAUCAUGGCAACCGUGUGUCUCCAGCGAGCUGGCAACAAAAACUAUGGCUUGGAUGACGUCACAUUUCCUGCAAACGGAAUGGUACAUCACGAGUGUCCGCACGUUGAAAUGCACGUGGUAAAAAACAGCGAUGAAAAGCCUCACACUAACUAUGAGAGAGGCUCGAAACGACAAUCUUUCAAUGGAAGUAAUAACAAACCUUUCUAGAUUUACAGAGGGUGAAGACGAAUUUUUUUUUAAAUCGGCUUCUGACUCCCAGUACAGAAGUGACCGUGAAAAGCUAAUACACAGCCUGAAAAGCAGUAGGUUAGCAAUUGACAUAGGCAGUAAGAUGGAAGAUGAUCAUUUUAACUCGACGAAGCCAACGCAUGAUGUUAGAGUCAAAACGUACUCAAAUGGAUCUGGUAUGUCAAACACAAUGAUGAAAACUUGUGGAGACUUGGCCACAUUUGUUGGAGCCCCUCAAAGUAAUAUUAGAGACGACUUUAAUAGGAAACCAAACGCGACAAGACCCCACUCAAGUGACCUUUAUUUUUCCAUCCAUUCUUUAGUGAUCUCGGAUAGUGAUAGCGGCAACGAGGAUGAGAACAGACUACAACGAGUCCAUGAUUUCUCAAGACAGACUUUGGAUACAAAAUACGUGCGUCCUUUUGAUGAGCACAAGUCUUCUCCUAAUGGUAGUGAACUGAACACUAGAAGUGAGAUGCUAGCAAUGAUCCAAGCACCCUCACCUCCGUAUGGUGUAGAAACCAAUGAAAGUGCUUUAGACAAACUAAUUAACAACAAUAAUAUUUCCAUUUCAACACAUUAAUUACUGCCCAGUUGCUGUUAUCGUG